AUGAUGGCGUCCGGCGGCGAGCCCCCAGCUACGAAGGUCGUCCUCCUUCUCGUCCCCCGCGUGGACGCCUCCUUCCACGCCGCUCUGCGCGAGCGCUUCCACGUCCUCGACUUCUUCGCCUCCUCCGAGCGCUGGCCGCUCCCGGCCUUCCUCGCCGCCGCAGCGGCCGCUCCGGAGCCCCCUCGGGCCGCCAUCGUCGUGGGGGCGGGGCUGAUCCCCGUGGACGCCGCGUUCCUCGACGCAGUCCCGUCCCUCCGCUGUGUCAUGUGCCUGGCGGCGGGCGUGGACUUCAUCGACCUGGACGAGUGCGCGCGCCGCGGCGUGGUCGUCGCCAACUCCGGCAGGGUGUUUUCCGCCGACGUCGCCGACCACGCCGUGGGCCUGCUCAUCGACGUGCUCCGCCGCGUGUCGGCUGCCGAGCGGUUCGUCCGCCGCGGCCUCUGGCCGGUGCAGGGGGACCACCCGCUCGGCUCCAAGAUCGGUGGCAGGCGUGUCGGCAUCGUCGGCUUGGGGAACAUCGGUUCACAAAUCGCAAAGAGACUCCAAGCUCUCGGCUGCACCGUCUGCUACAACUCUAGAACACGCAAGGAUUCGGUCCCUUAUAAAUACUUCACCAACGUUCACGACCUCGCGGUGGAAUCCGACGUGCUCGUCGUCGCGUGCGCGCUGAACAAGGCGACGCGGCACAUCAUAAGCAAGGAUGUCCUGGAGGCGCUAGGAAAGGACGGGGUCAUCGUGAACAUCAGCCGCGGUGCGAACGUCGACCAGGCAGAGCUGGUCAGGGCGCUGAAGGAGGGCAGGAUCGCAGGUGCCGGCCUCGAUGUCUUCGAGAACGAGCCCGGAGGGCCCGGCGAGCUCUUCGCCAUGGACAAUGUCGUCAUGACGCCUCAUGUGGCGGUUUUCACGGCGGAGUCCAUGUCGGACCUGCGCGACCACGUCGUUGCUAACCUUGAAGCCUUCUUCUCCGGUGAGCCGUUGCUUACGCCGGUGCUUCCCCACUCACCGGUAAAUUAG